AUGUCGCUUGACAUUAAAAGACCAAACAUCAACAAGGCAAAGAAGAAGAUGGGUUUCAUCGUGAAAAUGCAGCUUAACAACAACAGCAACAGAGGAGGACACAACAAAAGAAAUCUCUUUAUCUUCGUCUUCUUCAGAAAGUACUACAGAUGGAUCCUCUGGUUUUUCCUCUCUCUCUAUCUCUUCACAUCAUACUUCGCCGGCGACCAAUCCUCACCGUCCACCACAACACGUCUCUUGUCUAACCAUAAAACCUCGUCGUCUCUCCCAUCUCGCGCUCUCAUCGAAUCCUCCGCCAUUAGUACAACCUCCAUUGGUAUAUUCAGCGGAAUGAAGAUACACGUUUACGAUUUACCGGCGAGAUUCAACGUCGACUGGGUAACGCAAUCAGACCGGUGCGCAAGUCACCUCUUCGCGUCGGAGGUAGCGAUCCACCGUGCGCUUCUCUCCGACUCCUCCUCCUUCGUCCGUACGUUAGACCCAGAAGAAGCCGAUUUCUUCUUCGUCCCUGUCUACGUCUCCUGCAACUUCUCCACCGUCAACGGCUUCCCUUCUCUAACCCACGCUCGGUCUCUCCUCAGCUCCGCCGUCGAUUUCAUCUCCGACCAGCACCCGUUUUGGAACCGGACGCAAGGCUCCGACCACGUCUUCGUCGCUUCGCAUGACUUCGGCGCGUGCUUCCAUGCAAUGGAGGACAUGGCGAUUGAAGAAGGGAUUCCAGAAUUUAUGAAGAAAUCGAUCAUUUUACAGACGUUUGGAGUUAAUUACAAGCAUCCGUGUCAAGAGGCGGAGCAUGUCGUGAUCCCGCCUUAUAUUCCGCCGGAGAGUGUACAGAGAGCGGUUGACAGAGCUCCGGAGAACGGACGGCGAGACAUUUGGGCGUUUUUCCGGGGGAAGAUGGAAGUCAACCCUAAGAAUAUAAGCGGACACUUUUACAGCAAGGGAGUGAGGACGGCGAUUCUUAAGAAAUACGGCGGGAGAAGGCGGUUUUAUCUUAACCGGCACCGGUUUGCUGGGUAUCGAUCUGAAAUCGUGAGAUCGGUGUUUUGUCUCUGUCCUCUCGGGUGGGCCCCAUGGAGUCCCAGGCUAGUGGAAUCCGCCGUGUUGGGGUGCGUGCCCGUGGUUAUUGCCGACGGGAUUCAGCUACCGUUGUCGGAGACGGUGCGGUGGCCGGAGAUCUCUCUCUCGGUGGCGGAGAAAGACGUGAAGAAUCUAAGGAGGAUUUUAGAACACGUGGCGGUGACUAAUUUGUCUGUGAUACAGCGGAAUUUACGUGAGCCGGGACUAAAGCGGGCCCUCUUGUACAAUGUGCCGAUGAAGGAAGGAGACGCCACGUGGCAUAUUCUCGAGGCGUUGUGGAGGAAGCUCGAUCGGUCUUACAGAAGGCUGGAUUGUUUCGGACUUUUUCGAAUUGGAGAAACCGGAAUGUCUCGUGUAGGGGUCCACAACGUGAGCGGCUUAACUCGGACACGUGAGAUGUCUGCUGAGCUGGCUUUCACUGAGUGGAUCAACACGUGCCCUCAGGGAAGUGAAAGUGUAAAGUAUGCUGACGUGUAA